AUGACCACCCAAAGCGCUAUUGUCGUCCAGGAGCCUGGCCGUGCGAGUUUGGCACACAAUGUCCCGAUUCCCGACUUAUCGGAUGACUAUAUUCUCAUCAAAACAAAAGCCGUCUUUCAAAAAGGCGAUCGCGUUGCUGGGUUUGUACACGGCAGCAAUGCGGUUCGCCUCAAUGGUGGUGCAUUUGCCGAGUAUGUGAUCGCAAAGGGCGAUCUCCAGAUCUUGAUACCCGACUCCAUGAGUUUUGAGGCGGCAGCCACGUUCGGCGUUGGUCUGACAACCGUUGGUCAGAAUCUGUACCAAAGCAUGGAAUUACCCUUCCCAGGCGAUCCGCCAGGUGAGACAGAUGACACCAGUAUUCUCAUCUAUGGAGGGGCCACCGCUACCGGCACUCUGGCUAUCCAACUAGCAAAACUAUCGGGACUGCGAGUGGCUACCACAUGCUCGGAAAGCAACCGCAGCUUUAUGUUUGAGCUCGGGGCGGACGCCGUUUUUGAUUAUCACGACCCCCAAGUGGGUGACCAGAUCCGAGAGGAUACCGAUGAUGCUCUAGAACUUGUCCUGGAUACAAUCUCUACCCCCCAGUCAGCGGCCAUAUGCAGUGCUGCCAUUUCGUCAGCCGGUGGCUCCUAUAAUGCCUUGCUAGAUGUGCAAUGUCCCCGAGAAGAUGUCGAUUCACAUGUCUCCAUGGCAUACGACCUUUUGGGCGAGCCUUACCGCAUGGGGGCACAAGAGACAUCUCCUGAUAACACAAACUUUGAGUUUGGUGCCAAGUGGUGGGAAUUAGCACAGCAGCUGCUUCACGACCGUCGCAUUCAUCCUCAUCCGUAUCAAGUCAAACCAGGCGGCUUGGCUGGAGCCUUGGCUGGUCUCCAAACAUUACGGGAAGGUAAAGUUCGAGCCUGCAAGCUGGUUUAUCGAGUGGAUGAGGUUGAGUGA